AUGACUAAAGGACACAGUACAGUAACAGUGAGCAUAUAAAAGCCUUGGAUUACAUUUGACUCAGUAUGAACAGAAGCUUCAAUGGAUGCAGUGGUGGUCCUGGUGCUUGGCCUCUCCUGUCUGCUUCUCCUUUCACUCUGGAGACAGAGCUCUGGGAGAGGGAAGCUCCCUCCUGGCCCUACUCCUCUCCCAAUUAUUGGAAACAUCCUGCAGAUAAAUACUAAAAAUAUCACUAAGUCCUUAACAAAUGUCUACAAUGCUCUCCCUGCUCUCAUUCAUUAUCUUCCAGGAAGUCAUAAAACAAUAAUUAAAAAUACACGUUAUAUAAGAAGUUAUAUUUUGGAGAAGAUAAAAGAACACGAAGAAUCAUUAGAUGUUCACAAUCCUCGGGACUUUAUCGAUUGUUUCCUGAUACAAAUGAAGAAGAAAAGAUACAUCGCCGGAGCUCAGUGGCACAAGCACCUACGUGGCAAGGAUAUUUCUAAAUUGCUGUGGAAAAUGUAUCAUUUUUCUUUUGUUCUGACAUUUCUUCCUCGUGUCUUACCAGUUAAGGUCCAGGAAGAGAUUGACAGUGUGAUUGGCAGGCACCGGAGCCCCUGCAUGCAGGACAGGAGCCACAUGCCAUAUACAGAUGCUGUGCUGCAUGAGGUGCAGAGAUACAUAGACCUCAUUCCCACCAGCCUGCCCCAUGCGGUGACCCGUGACGUUCAGUUCAGAAACUACAACAUUCCCGAGGGCACAACUGUAUUAAUGUCCUUGACAUCUGUGCUACAUGAUGAAAAAGAAUUUCCCAGACCAGAAACUUUUGAUCCUGACCACUUUCUAGAUGACAGUGGCAAGUUUAAGAAAAGCAACUACUUCAUGCCGUUCUCAACAGGAAAACGUAUUUGUGCAGGAGAGGCCCUGGCCCGCAUGGAGCUGUUUUUGUUCCUGACUACCAUUUUACAAAACUUUAAUCUGAAAUCCAUGGUUGAUCCAAAGAAUCUUGAUACCACUCCAAUUGUCAAUGGGUUUGCUUCUGUCCUGCCCUCAUACCAGGUCUGCUUCAUUCCUGUCUGAAGAAGAGCAGACUGCCUGGCUGCUGCUCUGCUGUCAUCUGCUAUCCCCUUCUCUGCAUCAUAGGCUACCUUCAUCCAUUAGAAAUGGCUUCACUGAUAUCUCUUUUUCCAUCUCCCCAUUUAGUCAAAAUCCAGAGGAGACUCAAAGUCUAUUGUGAAGUUUCUCUGUGAUUGCACCAGUUUGCAUGCUAUUUCCUAUAUUCUGUAAUACUUGCCUAAUACUUAUCUAAUGCUAAAUUGCUGGUACAUUAUCUUUGUUAAAAACUAUAAAGGGGUUCAUGACUGAGGCCCAUGUGCCCUCCAUUAACUACCUGGGGACCUUGGACUGGCAACCCAUGUCCUGCCAACAUUGUGGUUCAUGGCUGAGGCCCAGAAGAGGCUUUUAUUAACUGCCUGAGGAUCCUGGUCCUGGAAACCCACACUGUAUGGACAGUGUGUGGUUUGUGGCUGAGACCUGAGUGCCCUCAAUCAGCUGCCUGAGGAACUUGGACCAGUACCCCACACACUGUCAACAUUGUAGUUCAUAGCUGAGGCCCAGACACUCUCAGUCAACCAACUGGGGAGCUUGGACCUAUGGCCCACACUUUGCUGACAAUGUGGUUUGUGCUGAGGCCCAGAAGAUACAGAUACACUCCACUAACAGCCUGAGGACUCUUAUUCCAGAACCCCUCAUUCUGUUGGCAUUGUGGUUCAUGAAUGAGGCCCUUAUGCCCUCAAUCAAUUGCCUGGAGAACUUUGACUGGCAAUCCACAUUCCAUCAACAUUGUGGUUCAUGGUUGAGGCCUGCAUGUCUUCAGUCAACUGCCUGGGAACCCUAGUCCCAAAGGCCAGGGUUCCUUCUGAAAUUGUGAUUCUCAUCUGAACCGUGCACUCCAUCAAUGGUCUGGGGAUGCAAGACGUGAUGGAAGGUCUCCCACUGCCAUCAUGGAGCAAGCCUAACAUCCAGCAAGUCUAGGGAUCCUAGAGGCCUUCAGUGAGCUGCCCGGGAUGAGUGAGGCUUGCCACUGGGUCCCUGGCAUCUAAUAUGAAAAGAGGAAGGAGCAAAAUGUAAUCUCAGAACUUCACCCCACCCAGAACAAG